GACUCAGUCAUGAGAAUAUUUUAAUAGAUAAAUGUUCUUUUUGUUAAAGUGUCUGUGGUGAAAAGAGACUGAGGACAGUGUCAGGUGUUUUAUUAAAGUGAAACUAAGAACAGGAGUGGUUAAUUUCAUACUGAUUGUGACUGACUAGAUUUUAGUAGAUUUACUGCUCCUGUCUACAUUCUCAGUCAUAAGACAGAUUCUUUUCAGCACAGCACAGCUCAGAGUAAAUGGGAGGGAAGAAGUCUAAACCUGCUCCACUUCUUGAUUUGUCAUGGAGGAAAAUAAACUGGGGAGACAAAAAGGGAGCUCUGGAGUACAUCAACAACUACAAACCUCAGACUGAAGGUCAGCAGCUCAGGAUUCUUCUUCAUGGUCCAGUUGGAGCUGGAAAGUCCAGUUUCAUCAACUCGGUCCAAAGCGUCUUGAAGGGCAGAAUGUGCACACUGGCUUUGGCAGACAACACCACUCACGGCUGUUUCACCAAACAGUACACAACCUACAAGAUCCAAAAAGACAACUCAGAGACUUUCUAUCCUUUUGUCUUCAAUGACAUCAUGGGCCUGGAUCCACAGAGAGGUGUCCUAGUGGAUGACGUCAAACUGGCUUUCACAGGACAUGUAAAGGAAGGUUAUGUGUUCAAUCCUGAAUCUAAACUGUCAGAGGGAAAUGAGUUCUACAACAAAUCUCCAACUGUCAACGACAAAGUGCAUGUUCUGGUUUGUAUCGUUCCUGCUGACACAUUAUCUUCAAUGAGCGACGAAACUGUGCAGAAACUUCGGGACAUCAGAUUGGAAGCCAGUCGUCUGGGGAUUCCUCAGGUCACCGUUCUCACCAAAGUUGAAGAGGCCUGUCCAGAGAUCAAGAGAGAUUUAAAGAACGUCUACAGAAGCAUAAUCCUGAAGGAGAAGAUGGAGCAGUUCAGUGCAGAUGUGGGUAUACCCAUGAACUGCAUCUUUCCUGUCAGAAACUACUAUGAAGAAAUUGACCUCAGUGAUGAUACUGAUGCUCUAAUCCUGAGCGCCCUGAGACGUAUCAUCAACUACGGAGGAGACUUCUUCAACAGGAAAACUGUGUAGGAUUUGCUCUUCUGUUGACUCUGUCAUCUGUCUGUAAAAUAUUUUCCUGGAGAAUCUCUUGAGUUUAUAUGUCAUGAUUGACAGAAAGAUUUUAUCUGAACUUUAUCUGACAUUAUUCAGAGUGUAACUCACUAGCUUUGACUGCUGAAUGAGGGCAGAUCAGAUUUACUGUGACAGUGAGGUUAUUGUAACUGGACUGCAGCUGUAAUCCGUCAGAAAUACACGAGCAGUAUGUAUUAUCAGGCAGCUCCAGCAGAGGGCAGCAUGCUGUUAUUUUCUGGUGGUUAAGUCUACAUCUUCAUCGUCUUCAUCAAAGCUUCGCAAAUUAGCAGCUCCAAGUGGGAACACACACCAGUCUGUUACAUACUUAAAACCACUUGAUUAUAGUCAAACAUGCUGAAUUUUGUCCUUAAAAGCACAUUGAUUUCUGUAUCUUAAAUAAGGAAAAUACAUUGGCUGUUUUAGGUGAAUGCAUAAGAACAAAAAUACUAAAAUGAAAUGACAGGUUUUGAUUGUCAUCAGUUAUAUGUCAUUUUCUGUAAGGUUGAACCUCUGAAUUCAGUUAAGGAGCUGAUUUAUUGGAAUAUAACCCAACUUUUCAUUGGUGGAAAGCAACAAAAAACUAAACAAAACAAAAAAAAACUUAAAUUAAAAAAAUCCAAUUUUUCAACACUGAUGUAUUCAUUUAUCAUCAAACAGCAGAAAACAUCUUUUUCGGUUUUUCAGAAGGACUGAUGAAAGAGACUAUCAACUGGAAAAUACACUGUGUAAAGGAAGCUUGAAUAACAGAGGGUUGGAAAUGGAGGGAAUCGAGCUCUGUCUGUUGAAGGUGUGGGGAUAAAUGUUUCGGGGCUGAAAACCCGUCUCGAGACCAGUUUGGGCUCCGUACGUCAGUCUGACCCUGAUUCUGAACAGCCCUGAACGUCAUUCUGCGUGUGCAGCUCGGUGUUUGGUGUUUGCUGUGUGCGUGGCGUUUUCAGCAGCAGAGCAGAACACAGUGUUUUCAUCAGUGUGUUUCUGAGAGCUGCUGCUGCUUUCUGACCCAGUUUCCCUGCUUGACUUGACUGGGUUGUUUCCAGUGCUGCUGUGGGAGGUCCCUGCUGGGUCCCCUUCACAAACACAAACACAGCUCACUAUGCUCUCUCAUGUGUAGGCAACGCUUCCCUUUCUGACCGUGAAAUUCUGCAGUAAUCUAAGCAGCGUUCACAUAUUGUGACUGCAGUGAAUUUUAUCUAAUCCAUAACACCAACUAACCUCGUUAUUAUUUAUGUCCUGAAUACACAGUCACGAAAUCUUUAAAAGGUUGAUUUGAAUAUCUCUGUUUGAUUGCACAUCAUGUUGAUUUUAUUCAGAGCAGAACAUCAGUGACUGCAUUUCCAACCCUCCUGUUUUUAUGUUCAGUGGAAAUGGUGGAAAUUUGAAGAUAAGUGCAAAUAUCGCAGAAAGGUUUUUAUACUUGGCUGAGGUGAAGUUGAUGUAUCAAAAAAUCUUGGCGUAAAUGAAGCGUAAAUGGCGUUGACCAAACUCCCCAGAUCCCAGUCUGAUCCUGGAUCUGAAGGUCCCCCUUGUGCUGCCAAAAACAGCUCUGACCCAUUGGGGUGUGGAUAUGGGACCUGUGGGGGUGUUCUGUGGAUCGUUUGAGCUCUGUAGGUUGUGGGGUGGGGCUUGUUCUGGAUCAACCCACAGAUGCUGAAUCAGAUUGGGAUCUGGGGAGUCUGGAGGCCAGGUCAACACCUUCGGCUCUUUGUCGUGUUCCUCCAGACAUUUCUGAGCAGUUUUUGUGGUGUGGGGGGAGCACUGUCCUGCUGGGGGAGGCCCCUGACAUUGGGGAGUGCUAUUGCCAUGGGGGGUUGUGCUUGGUCUACAACAGUGUUUAAGUGGAUGUUAUGUGUCAAAGUAACAUCCAGAUAAUUGAAGGAGCCAAGGUUUCACUGUGCCCGGUCUGGUUCCUCUCUUCAGCUCUUUAGAAAAAGGUUCAGGACUUCACGAACCAGGACAUUCAGAUUAAGUCUAAAUAAGCACUGAUUGGUUUAUGAAGAUACUGAAUAUAAUGAAUAGAUUUUUAGUUUAGAGCCUCUGUUUUACCAUCAACCUGUUCAAGGAAUGGUGAUGGAAAUUUGUCUUUUUGGCAAAAUCUGGCAUUUACAUCCCACUCAUGUCUCUGUGUGUAAAUGUAAUAAUAACACUGGGUGCUGGGUGUUUACCUGUCCAACAAUAAACUAGUGAAUCAAA